AUAAAGUUCAAAAGUGAUCUAUUCUAUUCUUCCCCUAUUUAUAAAGUAAAUAUACAUUUUUUUUUUCGGAUGAGUAUUAUUUUCUGACUAAUAGUUCUUAUAAUUUAACUGAAAGAUAUCUUUUCUUCAAGAUGAGAUAAUAUAAUGUAUAUGUAAAUAAUAUAACAAUAAAAAUCAUAAAUUUAAUUUAAUGCAAAAUUAAUUAAAUAUUAAUAAUAUUAAAAUUAAUAAUAUUAUUAAUAGAAAGUGGUUAUAAAAUUGAUAUUAUUGAUAUAAAGACAAAAUUAAGGAAUCUGUAUUUAAAAUGAGUAAAACACCAGUAUCUAUUUUACAAGAAAUGAUGGUAAAAAAUAAGAUAACACCUAAUUAUGAACUUAUACAUGAUGGAGGAGGUUCACAUAUGAAUGUUUUUGCGUAUCAAGUAAAAUGUGAUGAUCUUAUUGCUUCUGGUAUUGGACGUUCUAAGAAAGAUGCAAAACAUGAAGCUGCAAAAGCAAUGCUAGAAACUAUUGCAACAAAGAGAGGUUAUUUACAAUUACCAGCAUCACCAGCUCAAUCACCUAUAAGAACACCUUUACUACCAAUAAUUCCUGAAAUAUCAAGAAUUCCACCAGAUAUACCAUUUGUAAAUGCAGUUGGUGCUUUACAAGAUUUGUGUGUUGAAAAUAAUUUACAAGAUCCUAAGUAUCAGCAAAUUAGUGAUGUUGGACCUCCACAUGCAAAGAUUUUUACUAUUGAGUGUGAAGUAGCAACUCUUAAAGAAAUUGGUGUUGCAAAAACGAAAAAGCAAGCUAAACAAGAAGCUGCUAAAAAAAUGUUAGAUAAAUUAACUGAUUUAGUACCUGAUUUAAAUGAUAAUAAUAUAUUUGACAAAAAAAAACAAAAUAUUGAUCAGGAAAUGGAAAAUUCUAAUAAAAUUGCUAAGGCUCAAUAUACUAAACUUUCAAAAUUACCUACAGCUAAAAAAAUUAAUUUAGGCAUUAAGUUAUCAGAAUAUCAUAUUCAGUUUAAGUCUCAAUAUGAUGAUGAAACACGUAAAGAAAUAAUUGAAAGAAUUUUAUCUAUUAUUCCAUCAAAUCAAAGUCAUGUUUCUGAAGAAUGUAUAGAAUACUUAAUAAAAAAAUUUGAAGAUAUAUUGAUAGAUAUUGGUUUAGAUUUUACAUCUCUAUGUAUUCCAUCUUCAGAAAAUAUCAUUAUAGCUAUGAGAAUAAAUACAAGUCCUAGUAUCGUAGAACUUGCUUUAGGAGAAACGGAAAGUGAAACUAAAUUACGUGCAUUACAAAAAAUGAUAGAUACUAUAGUAGUUUUUUUGACAUAGUAGAAUUACAUAGUAGAAUAAAAAAUAAAAUAGAUGAAUUUUAUGCAUAUAUUAUAUUUAAUAAGAAUAUUUUGUUAUAUAUUUUGAAACAA